AAACAUCUAACGCUAGCUUUGAUCAAAGAAAAAAAAAAAUGGAGAAAAGUUAUGAUUCAUAUUAUAACCCACCUCCACCUCCACAGUAUAAUUCACAACAAGCCAAUUUUCCUAUUACACAACCUUGUGUAUCUUAUUUUACUCCAACCCAGUUGCAAGCGGAAAAUGCUGAAGUCCUGCGGUUGAAUCAGGGCACUUUAAACUUUAACAACCAUUCGUUCAUACCUCAAAAUGAACCUUUAGCUACUACAAAUGAUCCUUCUGCUUCGACCCAUUUUACUGAUUUACGACAAAAUGUUAGCAGUUCCUAUGGUUCUUCGUCUAUUCCUUUGAAUGCGAUGCUUUGCAAUGACUUUUAUGGAUCUUUGUCUAAUUCACCUUCAUAUAUAACGAACGAUGUUGUCCAGCAAAAUAUUAGUAAUAAUAUUGUAAAAUCAGAUGAUGAGACUCAGCAAAAUUGCAUUAAGAAGGGUAACAAUAAAGAUAAAGAGAAAGAGAAAAAGGGUAAUAAUAAGCAAACUGAAAAACCUUGGCUUAUUCAUGAUCCUAACGCUAAAUAUACAAGUGCAACCCAACGGCUACAUUACGAAAUUAUCGAGUUGGUAAAUUAUCUUUUACCAACUGAUAUAGAACGUUUAUUACGAGCAUUCGUCAUCAAAAGAAUAGAGCUCGUCAUCAAAGAACAUUUUCAAAAGGCGGAAGUUAUGGUAUUUGGAAGUGUCAACACUGGACUGUAUCUUCCGACAAGUGAUAUAGAUAUAGCCUGUUUUAUUCACGCUGAGCCUAAUAGUGCUACGUUUACGAUUGUAAAACUCUUUGAAACCUUAAAGAUUUGUGCUAGUAAACCUAUACUGGUUUACUCAGCUAAAGAAUAUUAUACAAAGUUCAAUGUAGAUAUUUGUAUUAAUCAAAUGAGUGGUUACUAUUCUGCGGUCGCAAUACGACAAUAUAUGGAACGAUGGCCAUCGUUAGGUACUUUGGUCAUCGCCGCAAAGUGCUUCUUAACCCAUCACAAGCUUGAUUGUCCUACAUCAGGUGGAAUGAGUGGUUACACACUUUUUUGUUUAAUGUUGAAUUUCCUCCAGUUACAUCCUGAGAUUCAAACUGGGAGAAUAAUUCCUGAGGACGAAAAUCUUGGGGUAUUACUUAUUGAGUUUUUCGAACUUUAUGGCGUCGAUUUUAACUAUAAACAACUCGCUAUCCGAGUUGAAAGAGAUGAUGAACUUGGUAUGAACCUAGGAUAUUGUAAGAAAGAAAAUGAACCUUGGGCUACAAAAUGUCCAGAGAGUUUGUGUAUUCAGGAUCCUGUACAAAAAUCAAAUGAUAUAGCUAAAGCUACAACAAUAAUGCCAAAAAUACGAGAGCAUUUUGAACGAGCAUUUAAUACUCUUGUCAAUCGUGUUUGCACUCUUGAACGUGAUUUGUCAAGAAAUGGUGAUAUAAUCGUGGGUUUACAUAAAUAUUCCAUUUUGUCAUCCAUUUUAUUAAUUCGACAAGAAAUCGUUAAGCGUAGACGUAAAGUUCAUAACGAUUUUAGUCAUGGUAAACAACUUGGACGUGCAGUCGCUCCAUUCGGACCUGGUAUCGCAGAUUCUUUGCAUCUUCCAAAUUUAGAAUAUAUUUGGCGAGAAUUUCGUGAAGAAAUUGAAGACAUUAAUAUAAAUAUAAGUAAAAAACAGCCUGUUAAUGUUGGAGUUUCCAAUGAUCAAUUGAAUUAUCUCAAAUCUUUGCAAGCCAAAGUGGAUUUACAGAUUAAAAGGACAUUAAUUAAUAAUCGAUCCAAUUCGGAUAUGGAUUUAUCAGAUUCUGGUUCUCCUUCCAUUAACAUAUAUGGUCAAUCAGUUGAAUUUUCAAAUAAUGAAGGUAGCGGCAACGGUCCGAACAAAGGAUGUGGAGUACAGUAA